UUGAACUGGAUUACAUGGCAGGGUAGAAUCAGGCCCCUUCUACAUUGCCAUAUAAUCCAGAUGAUCAAAAUCAGCUAAUCCGCAUGAUCUGCUUUGAACUGGAUCACAUGAGACAACAAGGCCAUAUAAUCCGGAUUAUCCGGAUUGUGGGAGCCCCGGUGGCAAAGUGCGUUAAAGCACUGAGCUGCAGACCGAAAGGUCCCAGGUUCAAACCCCGGGAGCUGCGGGAGCAGCUGCUGUUAGCUCCAGCUCCUGCCAACAUAGCAGUUCAAAAACAUGCCAAUGUGAGUAGAUCAAUAGGUACCGCUCGGGCAGGAAGGUAACGGCGCUCUAUGCAGUCAUGCCGGCCACAUGACCUUGGUGGUGUCUACGGACAACGCCGGCUCUUCGGCUUAGAAAUGGAGAUGAGCACCAACCCCCAGAGUCAGACAUGACUUAACGUCAGGGGAAACCUUUACCUUUUAAUCCAGAUUGUAUGGCCAUGUAGUCUCAUGUGAUCCAGUUCAAAGUAGAUCAUGUGGAUUAUCUGCUUGGAUAAUCCAGAUUAUAUGGCCAUGUAGACUCAUGUAAUCCAGUUCAAAGCAGAUCAUGUGGAUUACCUGAUUUUGAUCAUCUGGAUUAUAUGGCAAUGUAGAAGGGGCCUGAUUCUACUCUGCCAUAUAAUCCAGUUCAAAAUAUUGGGGAAGAUGACCUUGGAGAAGCUCUUGAUGAAGUUGGCAAGCGUGAUGUAGAUGUGAACCGCUUUGGGGAGGAAGAAGCAGCUCCCGGGACUGAAUUCGCAGAAGAAGAAGAGCUCUUACUCCUUUCCGGUGUGCCGGUGUUCCCACUAAAUGGCCUCUUCUUGGCUCCAUUCCUGAUCUGUCAGUUGCACAGAGCUGGGGAAGGAAAUGCCAAAGAUGCGCUGCAGCGUCUCCUGGGAAGGGUCUCCUUUCCAGUAUUCAGAGGCGUUUUUAAAGAGCUGCAUUAAAUCCUCCCAGGAGACCUCCAACCUUUCAAAGGGACUCUGCUCUUCGAUGAUGUCUUGGCAGAUUUCCUGCAAAGCUGUUUAGGUGGCAGUUGGCUGCGUAUUCAAUUAUGGCCGGGCAAAUAUCGGAGUCUGAUCAGAUCAAGCAGUUCAAAGAAUUUCUUGGGACAUACAACAAGCUGACUGAAAACUGCUUCCUGGAUUGUGUGAAAGAUUUCACUAGCCGAGAAGUCAAAUCAGAAGAGAUGACAUGUGCGGAACACUGCUUACAGAAGUAUUUAAAAAUGACCCAGAGGAUAUCUAUGAGGUUUCAAGAGUACCACAUUCAGCAGAAUGAAGCGCUUGCGGCCAAAGCAGGACUCCUUAGUCAGCCUCGCUAGAAGGCCAAGGCUUGUCUAAAUGAAGAUGUUGCCAGCAGUGAUUGCACUGCACCAAGGGAUGUGCCGCUCUCCACUGCUUUUGUGACAACAUCCAUCAACCCAGAACAGAGCUGCUCAGAGGACCACAGACUGCGAAAGGCAUCAGCUGUGGAACCGAUGGGGUCUGUUCAAAGGUCACUUUUUACAGUGCAGUGGGAUAAUGUUGAUGCUGCUGCCUUUUCUGGAGGCCUACAGACUGGCUCUGCCAGUCCCUAGGUUAGAGAUGGGAGAAAGCCAACACUUUAUUUUUUGUUGUUGUUUCUCACGCAAUGACUGUUUGUUUGAAGACAUACAUGGGUUACUGAAAAAUUAUAUCCCAAAGUGUCUAAAACAAGCUUUAUUUUUUAUUAAUCAAAGAAAAUAAAUGAAAAUUGCUGUCUUUA